AGCUAUUAAAAGAGGAAAUCCACAAUAAUCGGAAAUAGAAAGACAAGUUUGGUUAGCGGAACGUUUCAACGCCAUUUUUCCCGGCCAAAGCUAACUCUAACUAACUCUUUGUUUUUUUUCGGUUUUUGUGCCAUCUUCCAGUUUUCAUUUUUUUUGUUUCCCCUCUAUCUUUUUGGGUAAUAGGGUUUCUAAUCUCUGGGACAAACUCCAAUCGUUUCGAAUCCGCAAUGCCCAGAUGGUCGAUCAAUAGAAAUAUCAAGAGUCUCCAAUUCCAAAGGCUAAAUCUUUGAGAUCUUUUUUUUUAUAAAUUUCCCUGAAAUUAAUAAACUUUGAGGGGAAAUGAGCGCUUCGAGGUUCGUAAAGUGCGUGACGGUUGGUGAUGGAGCUGUCGGAAAAACUUGUUUGUUGAUUUCUUACACAAGCAACACUUUCCCUACGGAUUAUGUGCCUACCGUUUUCGAUAAUUUCAGUGCCAAUGUUGUGGUUAAUGGAAGCACUGUGAAUCUUGGAUUGUGGGACACUGCAGGGCAAGAGGAUUACAAUAGAUUAAGACCACUGAGUUACCGUGGAGCAGAUGUUUUCAUUUUGGCCUUCUCUCUUAUCAGUAAAGCCAGUUAUGAAAACGUCUCCAAAAAGUGGAUCCCGGAGUUGAAACAUUACGCGCCUGGUGUCCCCAUCGUCCUUGUUGGAACAAAGCUUGAUCUUCGAGAUGAUAAACAGUUCUUUAUCGACCAUCCUGGUGCUGUUCCGAUUACUACUGCUCAGGGAGAGGAGCUGAGGAAGCAAAUAGGAGCACCUACUUACAUCGAAUGCAGUUCCAAAACUCAAGAGAAUGUGAAGGCGGUGUUUGACGCAGCCAUCCGAGUGGUGUUGCAACCGCCAAAGCAGAAGAAGAAGAAGAGCAAAGCGCAGAAGGCAUGCUCCAUUCUAUGAUGAUUGGAAAUCUCUGUUUUUAUGUAUUUGGUUUUGGUAUAUUAAUCUUCUAACAAUGAAUGAAUCAAUGUGUUAAUGGACAGACACCCAAGUUUGACUGGUCCUUUUUGUUCUUAAUAUUAAUGGAGUUUGUCGGAAUCAACGUUUCUUUUGCUUCUACGAUUCAGUCCUAUGCAUA